AUGGGAAGGUUCGAGAACGCUGCGGGUCUAUCCAUCGCCUUUUACAGCUGGGAAGUGCCGAACCCCAAGGGGGUCGUCAUCUUCAGCCACGGACAUGGUGUGCACGCCACGUUCGAGCUCCUAAAUAGCCCCAAACCCCCGGGUAUUCGAACUGAGUACUCUGGAACUUGGGCAGACAGCUUGAACAAGGCCGGCUACAGCCUGUUCGCGCUGGACCACCAGGGUCACGGCCGAUCGGAUUACGCGCGGGGCAAGCGCUGCUACUUCGAGAGGGUGCAGGACCUCGUCAACGAUUUCAAGCGUUUCGUGAAGCUCGUGAGACAAGAAGUAGGUCAAGAGCUCCCAACGUUCCUUUUAGGCAUGAGCAUGGGCGGCUUUGUCGUGGUGAACGCCGCUAUGCAGGACGAGAACCUGGCAGACGGAGUGGUGCUCCUCGCACCGAUGUUGUCGCUUGACCGAUUGGCGGCCAGGGGCAUCAAUAAGGUGUUGCUACCGCUCGUGACUAUGAUUUCCGUUUUCCUACCUACCCUUCCGGUCGCGGAAACGGCGAAAAACAUCAAGUUUCCCCAUUCUCAGCUCGAGGUGGAGAUGGAUGAUUUGACCUACCCGUCUGGCGUGAUGCGGACCAGGUGCCGCGUUGCGGCCGAAUAUUACAUCGGAACAAAACGCACCCAGACACUGAUGCAUAAGAUGAAGAUUCCGUUCAUCACUUUCCACGGAAAAGAUGACCAGAUGACGGAUCCAGCAAGCUCGCAAAUGCUAUACGAUCGUGCCUCGUCGAGUGACAAGACCCUGCAAUGGGUCGAGAAUGUCUUCCACGACUUGAUGCAUGAGAAGCCGACGAGUAAUGAUAUCAUCGCCGCCAUCGUCAAUUGGCUGUCUGAACGUACUGGCAGCAGCAAACCGAAGAGGAAAAAUCGAGCGCUGCGUUAG